AUGGAACCAUACAUCCUCCCCUUUUCGAAAUUGAAAAAAGAAAAUUUUAAAUGUGUGGAAUAUCCAUUUUUAAUACAUUCUCGUAGUAUUUCUCUGCUAUUAACUAGCAUGGUUAGUUGUUUAAGCAGAAAUGAUGCUCAACAUGGUUUAUUAAUUUGCCCUGAGAAGGAAGUGACAGAAAUCGAGGAUAUCAUCAUCAAAAACGAGGGAGUGUUUGACACGGAGUUUUUGAGUUCUGCUAAUUCAAUUGAAUACCUUCAAUACCUUGAUAAAAUCGAGAUUUUACCCAUACGAAACAUGAAGUCUUUGAGUGAUCUAAUGAAUGAAGCAGUUAACCAAAAGGGAGAAAUGUUGGUAGGAAUAGUCAAUGUCUCUAUUAUGUUAAAAUAUGAAGAAUGCUUGAAUGCUGCUUCAUUAUCUUCAAUACUGGCCGAUGUAAUUGAAAAGUGUUCGCUCUUAAUAAUCUGCGAAACCGGAGCAUUAGAAACCCCUAUACCCAUCAGUGAUUCUAUGAAGCACGAGAGCGUAACCCUGGAAACCGUGUAUUCAUUAUGGAUCCCUGUUUAUUUGAGAGUCUCUAAUGAUUCUGAGACUCCUAGAAUCUCAAGAGCAAGUUUUCAUAGUCGUGAAUUUUCUCAGACAUCAGUAUGGAAAUCAAACACUUUUUUUCAAGAUGUUAAAAUUAAUACUUAUCGAAGUUAUUGUGGCACCUAAAAAGUUUGGAUUCGUGUGAUAAGUAAUAGCAGUAAUUAUGUAUCUACUAAAAUGAAUGUUUCAAUUUUACGUCGAGAA